AUGGUUAAGCACAACAACGCCUUUGGUCAGAGUUGUCUGGACCUCAGCGGCGAUUUUUUCAAGCACGUUGAUACAACCAGUGUUGCAAAGAACAUGGAAGCGAUCCGCGUUGCUUUGAAUGAUGGCAACCUCAACUGGCUCGGCGGAUCUUAUGGCACUCAGAUCGGUGCGCAAUAUGCGGAGCUGUACCCCAACAAUAUUCGGGCCAUGGUGCUCGAUGGCGAUGUGGGCCAUUCACCUUCAGACGUGUAUCUUCAUGCAGCCGAAUCUUCUACAUACGAGAACAGCCCUUGGUCGCUUCUUCGACUGGGUAGAGACAAGACACCGAUAUCCGCGCCCGGCUGCCUUACCACAGCAGACAUCUCUUCGGCAGGCACGUGCUUCGCCAACGUGACCGGGGAAGAUAUCCGUUUCAACGUCCAAGGUAAUUCCUACUUGACAUUCAAGAACGGCACCUCAUUUUCGCCCUGUGGAUGGUUGAAACUCGGUAUUGCCCUGAACGACACCUUCAAUGGCCAUGCCACACCACUAUCCUCCGCGAUGGCCAAUAGAGAGAAGAAUUCGACGGUUUGGCCAGGUUUGGCCGUGGCUUGUCUGGACUGGAACCACAACACCGCGACAUUCGCACAGAACAAAUACAAGCAACAACUCGAAAGUGCCAUUGCACCUCAUACCAAGGGUGCUUCCCAGAUGUAUCAAUAUCAGACACAAUGUAUCGGCUGGCCCGCUCCAGUCGUGAACCAGACGGCAAUGAAGUUGGCCCCGCCGAUUUUGAUGGUCAAUUCGAACCAUGAUCCAAAGAGUUCGUACGUCUGGGCGCAGAGCCUGCGAACCCAGGUCCCGAGUGCAGUACUGGUCGCAAGGAGUAGUGAUGGACAUACUAGUUUCGGAUUGGGUGGUCAGGCCUCUGCGGUGGUUGACGCCGAUUUGGUCAAUAGGACUUUGCCGACGCCGAACUUCGUGGUGAAUGUGGUUAUCUUUGUUUUGUGCCUGGCUCUUGGCUUCAAUCGUUUGGCGUUGUUUGGCGUCUUCAGUGCUCAGGACUCAGUACCCAGUACCGAGUAG